AUGUACCUGCCACAAGCUCCACCGCCACCACGGCCACCAGCAACAUAUUUACCGCCUGCUCCACCGGUCAUUCCAUCAACAAAUUAUGGGCAUCCCCAAGGAACAAUAGUGACUAUAUCGCCACCAAUAGUAUUACCUGUAGCGAUAGCUGCUGCUGCUGCCAGUGCUGGUGUGGGGCAAACCUCGACUCCUACUAGUUAUGUGCACACGCGAGUGACGUUUUCUCCAGGAUUUGAUCAAACUCAAGGAUUUCCAUCCUCCGGCCCUGUAGGGUGUGACAGUGGAUGUUCCGCUCCCGCGACACAGCCAUCCGGCAAUGGAUAUCCUGCACCCGCUCCACCACCGCCCAGCAAUGGAUAUCCUGCACCCGCCCCACCACCACCCAGCAAUGGAUAUCCUAGUCCGGCACCUGCAGCACCACUUAAUUAUAACUAUCCCAGUCCUGCACCUCCAGCUGCCGGAUAUCCAAGUCCUGCUCCUCCGAUACCUGCGAUGCCCAGUUACAAUUAUGAAACCCGCAAAAGAGAAAAUGCCACCAAAUGGGACCGCAGAACAGAAAAUACCACUACCGCAGUUGUCUUCGUGUACAUACCGCCACUUCCCCCUGCACGUACCGCUGCCAAGCCGAAAAGGAAAUUAUGUACCAGUUACGAAGUACGUACAACCUCGAGCACUAGUACCAUCCACGGAUCCAGUCAUGGACCAAAUACUAGUGUAUUACAACUGUGCAACCGCGGUACGGAUCGGAGUAUCGAGGAAUUUGCGUUUUGA